AUGACUACUAUAUCGAUACCCACAGGGGUUAUAGAUGUAAACAAAAGAAAACGCAUUAUGGAAACAGCACUAAAAGGUAAUAACCCAUUGAGUGAUCUCAUUAAGGAGGAUGAUAUCACUAAUGUUUUUUCAAAUCUGGAACAACUCAGGUUUAAAGAAACCAACUUAUGGUGGGAUAUUGAAUUCUUGGAACUCUAUAUUUCUGAAAAUAGAGUUCCAAGAGGAUUGCGGAUGAAAAAAUAUCCAUCUUUUGCUCUCAAUAAUCAAAAAUUUAUGGAAGAAUGGAAUGAGACAACUUUUGGUUUUAAGGGUAACUUCUUAACAAUGAUCCAUACAAUUUACCAAAACCCAAUUUCUAAUCUAUUAAUAAACUCUGAACCUUCUCCAGAUAUUAUUCUAGGUAAAGGCACACGACAGGGCUGCCCGCUCUCACCCCUUUUGUUUAACUUGGCGUUAGAGCCUUUUGCAGUGAAAUUAAGGCAAGAUUUACCAGGGAUAAUGAUUGGUAAAAGUAAAACCCUGCUUACUCUAUAUGCGGAUGAUUUACUUCUAUUCAUGAAUGAAUCAGAUCUAUCCAUACAACACUUUUUGACCCUAGCUAAACAAUUCGGGUCCUUUGCGGGCUAUAGGAUCAACCCAGAAAAAUCUGAAAUUCUAUGGUUUACUCAAAAUGACACCCCACCGGGUAGAUAUCCCUUUAAACUGGUAGACUCUAUAAAUUACCUAGGGAUCAAAAUUCAUAAAGACCCCAACGCAUGGUAUGAUUUGAAUUUCACACCUUAUUUUUCCAAAUAUAAACAAGAGUUGGACAGGUGGAUGUCGCUUCCAAUUUCGCUAUCUGCGCGAGUUGCCAUGAUUAAGACUCUUUUUUUUCCUCAGCUUCUUUACUUACUUCAAAACUUGCCGCUUCUGAUUAAAAGUAAAGAUGUGACCUUAUUUAACAAUCUCACAGCAGGGUUCUUAUGGAACCAAAAACGCAGACGGAUAUCCGCACAAAAUCUAACUUUACAUACAAACAUGGGAGGCCUGGCGCUUCCAAAUCUUAAAUACUAUAACUUAGCUAUAUUAAGUAAACACAUUUUAGACUGGAUCACGGAAAAAGAGUAUUCAACCAAUCUACACCUGGAAAUGGAAAUUGUGACUCCAUUCAUACUGAGAGCCCUGAUUCAUCUGGAUAAGAGGGAGCUACCUAAACGGCUGGUUAAGAUAAGGACUCUGUUGAACCCUAUCCUGGCCUGGCAUAAGCUGUGUGAUGAGCUAAAAAUUAAUUGGAAAUCCUCUAAAUAUCUGCCCAUUCGAGGUAACCCUAAAUUUCCAGCUGGAAUUUCUUCCAGGAUUUUUAAAGUAUGGUUCAAUAAAGGAUUACAGGAUGUGAUCCAAAUUAGGGAUAAUAGGCUAGAUAUAGCUAAGUCAUUCUUAGAUCUUCAGAGUGAAUUUGGGAUCCAUAAACAUAGUUUUUAUGCAUACUUGCAAUUGAGACAUAUGUAUGAAGAACUGUGGCAGGAUAAUAAAACUGACUGGAAGUUUGGAGAUAUUAAUAUAAUAAUCAAUAUUUACAGACAAGGUAUUAGGUCUAUUUCUCUUUUGUAUAAUCUACUGAUUCAGAAAGCCGGCCAGGCCCGUCUUGAAGUUUUAGUCGAGAAAUGGAAAACAUACUUUCCCCAGCUUACUUCGUACUUAACGAACUCACGGACAGCGUACAGAAUGAAGGACAAAAAGCAGAGGAUUCUGAACCACGCUCUGGAUAUAAUUUACCUGCUGACUGGAGAGGAAUACGUUAUUGUGAAGAAGAAUUCCCUCUGUGAUGGCAUUGAGCUGAGAGCUGGGCAGGUCCCUGUAAACUGUGGUGACGAUGCUGUGUAUUUCGCUAUGGAUGAGUGGGAUUAUAUAGAGGGACACCAGGAGGUUUAUAAAGAAGUCAUGACGGAAGAUCAGAAUAUCCCAAAUAAUAUAAAAAACUCCACCAACCGAGACUCAGGUGACUCUAAGUCAGAGAAAAGGGUUGAACGUACAGAGGAACUGCAAGUAAUUUGUAGCUGGGAACCGCAAGGUAUAGCCCUUCCUGUGGAUAUUUCAGCAGGUAACAUUAAGACCGAAAGUGUAUUAACUGGUGAAAAUACAGAGGAGCCGUAUACAAAGAACCAUCUCAAAGCAGAGGAGACUCCUGAGGAUACCUCAGUAGGUAAAGUCAAGGCUGAAGUUGUAUUAAGUGCGGAACACUCGGAGGAACCGGAUGUAAGCCACCAUCUAGAAGCUCAGAGAACAACUGAAGAUACCUUAAUGGGUGAAGUUAAGACUGAAAUGAUAUUAUCUAUGGAAUGCACAGAGGAGCCGUAUGUAAGGAGUGAUUUAACAGCCCAGGGGACAACUGAAGAUACCCUAAUGGGUAACGUUAAGACUGAGCGUGUUGAAAACCCAGAGGAACUCCACGUAGUGACUCAUUUGAAAGCAAAGGAGAUCAUUUUUCAUGACGGUACCUCGAGAGGUUCAUUAAAGCGGGAAGAUCUGAAGAACAAAAGCUGCAUAGAAGAUCAUGCAUCAGAUGAAUUUUUAAAAGAAAAUCCAUCUCAAGGAGAACAUUCUGGAGAAACCUUAUCUGAAAAAGGCACUGUAAUUUUCCCUACAUCAUAUAAAUAUGAAGCGACAACAGAUUUAAAUAUGGCGUCUUCUCUUGACAAUAAUGACGUAACCUGGGAAAAUAUGCAAGUUUUGGAUAAGAUAAGAGAUAAUAAUGUCGAAAUUAACACAAAUCCGUUUUAUCCAGGUCAUGAAAAAUCACAAGAAGAAGCAAAAUGCUAUACGUGUAAUGACUGUAGAGAAGGAUUUGCUUCCCAAACUCAUCUUAUUGUACACCAACAAAUACACACAGAGCAAAAAACUUACCCAUGCAACGAAUUCGGGGAACCAUUUGAGUCCAGCCUUUUUUUACAUCAUAGGCACACGGUGGAGAGACCUCAUCAGUGUAAUGUUUGUGGGAAGUACUUUAGCUCAAAAUGUAAUAUGAACGCUCAUCGGAGAACUCAUAGUGGAGUGAAGCCCUAUCGCUGUAAUGAAUGUGGGAGAAAAUUUGAUUAUAAAUCUUGUCUUGUGGCGCAUCAGAGAAUUCACACUGGGGAGAGACCCCACGGCUGUAAUAUAUGCGGCAAACAGUUUGCUGUCAGGUCCUGUUUAGUUCGACACAUGAGGGUUCAUACUGGAGAAAAACCGCAUGUGUGUGUCGAAUGUGGCCGAUGCUUUUCUCAAACAUCUUCUUUAAUUAAACAUAAGAAAAUCCACACGGGAGAAAAGCCGUAUGCUUGUCUUGAGUGUGGCAAGCGUUUUACUUUUAAAUAUAACCUUGCGGCUCAUCAAAAAGUACACACGGGAUAGAAGUUUGUUUUUUUUCUCCACCCAUUAAAAAUGUAAAGACUUGUUUACGCUCGAUCAGUUGGAAAUGAAUCCUUAAUUUGCCAUCAUCUCCUGUGGUUGCACAACUCUGGAAGCUGAGGAAAGAGUUUACCCAUUCAUGCAUACAUAAUACCGUACACGGGAGAAAAGCCGUAUGCUUGUCUUGAGUGUGGCAAGCGUUUUACUUUUAAAUAUAACCUUGCGGCUCAUCAAAAAGUACACAUGAGAUAGAAGCUUUUUUUUCUUCACCCAAUAAAAAGGUAAAGACUUGUUUACGCUCAACCAAUUGGAAAUUAAUCCUUAAUUUGCCAUCAUCUCCUGUGGUUGCACAACUCUGCAAACUGAGGAACGAGCUUACCCUUGUAUGCAUACAUAAUAUCGUACAAGUGACUAAAUGACUUUUUUUAUAUAUAUACACACACACACACCGCAUGCAAAUGCAUGUUGCUAUAAUAAAAUAUACUGAAAUAUUUUUUGUUGCUCUUGAAUAUUCUUAUGUUAAAUGUUAUCUGUAAUGUAUUUGGGUACGGAGAAAUUUUCCCUUCUCUCCCAGCUUCUAUAAACUGCCAUUACCACUAUAAUUUAUUCUCUCCUAUGUUUAUAUAUUUUUGUAGAACAUACCGGUGCAUAUUGUAUAAUUAAAUAUAUUUUACAUUUGCUUUA